AAUUUCUGAGAAAGCUUUUGAAAUCGGAUUACUUUUGCAAGUACAAAAAUGAUGUUGUCGUCUCCACCGUCAAAGUACCAACCCUUCCAACAGUCUUAUGCUACUGGUAUGAACAAUAUGACCAACGGUAUGCAGCCUUCAUACGUCAACCAGAUGAACCCAAUGUCGCUUACAGCUGCUGGCAACCAGGUCGGAUUUAACCAAGCUUUACCGCAAGGAUAUGGCGGCGUAUCGUUUAAUGGUAUGGGCACAAGUGCGAUGAACGGCCACUCACCCCACAGCGUUCAAAUUGCUGCCGCGGCCGCUGCUGCUGUCGGAUCCCCGCCUAUGGGCACUGCGUAUGCCGGCAUGCCGACGGGCGUUGGAAUCACGCCGAAUAUGGCGCUCAUGUUAAACAGAAGGACCGAGAAGCAAUACAGAAGAAACUACACCCAUGCUAAGCCACCAUACAGUUAUAUUUCACUCAUUACAAUGGCCCUACAGUCAUCGCCCAACAAAAUGAUGACCUUAAGUGAAAUAUACAACUGGAUCAUGGACCUUUUUCCAUUCUACCGACAAAACCAACAAAGAUGGCAAAAUUCAAUCCGCCAUAGCUUGUCAUUCAACGAUUGCUUCGUUAAAGUACCGAGAUCGGCAGACAAACCUGGCAAAGGUUCAUAUUGGUCGCUACACCCAGACGCUGGAAACAUGUUCGAAAAUGGCUGCUAUUUGCGUCGCCAGAAAAGAUUCAAAAGCAAUAAGAAAUCAAAGGGCGCUGGACCAAGCUCAGAUGAACACUCACCGCUAGAACUUGUCCCCAACGAUGCUGUCAGCCCUCCACCAUCGAUGUCAAACCCAGGAUCCACCCACAACAGUCCACACAACAGUCAUGAAACUUACGCAGAUUCAGACACGGACAACAAGUCGCCCGACCUUGCUUCAUCGACGGCCAUAACCUCCCACGAUCAGUUAUACAACCAACAACACACAUCGCUUGGGCAUGGGAUGCUUCAACAAAUUCCAGCACCUACGCACGAUAAUUCCUCAGCUAACCACCCCAGCCAAACAAACAACCCAGCUUACCCCAGCCAAACAGAUCACAACGACAAGCUUCAACACCACCACACUCAACAGCAAUCUGCCGUUGAAGUUAGUUCGCCAUCCAACACCCCAACCUCAGAGAACAUGGCAUUGAACACGCAUUCCUUGCAUGAGUUGGUUCCAGCUGGGGAUAAAACCGACGAGAGAACCCACCAUAGCAUUCCACACCCCAUGAACCAGGAGCAUCAUUUAGUCGGCCAUGAACAAGACCCAUCACAUCACCUGUAUUCUCAUUACGCCCAAGCAACAGCAUAUGCCGCUGCAGUUCAACACAACUCGUUCGCUGCUGUAGCCGCCGCGCAUUCUUUUGCACCACACCCAUUUUCGAUCAGCAGUCUUAUGAAUGUUUCAGACCCUCAGCAACAGCAUUAUCAGCAGCACCCUCACCACCAGAGCUACACCCAAGCAAAAGACCUACGAGCUUACCAAGACGCAGUGCAAUAUUACAACAACGGAAUGAACUCUCUCACUGGCUUGAUGCCACCACCAUCAGUGAAUGACACUAUCCCUCAGUGUUCUAUCGCGCCCUCAGGCUCGCCGGUAAAUUCAGCUUCCUCGUCAUCAGUGUCCACUCCGUCUCCUUCGUCGUCUUCAUCAGCUUCCCAUUAUUCCAGUGCUUUACACUACCCGCUCCACCAACAGCAGCAACUUCACAUACCCAGUGACCACCUCAACCACCAGCCCGACCACACCGAAUCUGCAUACUACCCAGGAAAUCGCUCAUCGUGUAGAGAAGCAAGGUCAAAUACUGAAAACCCACGAGGACUCGCCUACCCAGGGGGGCCCCAUCGCUUACACCACGUUAGAAGCCACAUAUUUGGCUCCAAACGAUCCAGCAAAGCCACUGCCAUGAAUUAUAUGAUGCGAUGACGCAAAUAUUGAUCUGUGACAACAGAUAUUGUCAUGUUUCUUUCCACCGUUGUUGGACGAAGCCUUUAGCGUACAGCGGUGGCUGCAUACCUCUACACACAGUACUUUCAAAGUAAUUAUAAAUCAAAAAGGUAAAAUUCAAAUUAGGUUUCAGUUCUCAUGUACUAAAUAAAUCAUUACGAAAAAACUGCUUUUAAAACGUAAGGUUUUAAGUCCCUAUUUAAUAUUAUCCAUCGAAAAGCUAAAUCUUAACGUUAUCAGUUCAUAAGUUCAACUUCUCAUUCUUAUUCCAUGACUACUGCUUUCUUUUAUGUCUACCCUAUAAGAAGUAUCCCUCCACGGGCAUUGUAUGAGUUGGUCGAAGCGUCUUUGCAUUUUAUUUACAAAGUGUUUGGUAAUAUUGACAACAACGCCAAUACGGGUAGUUACUUCCCUGCUUUUUUUCAAUACGGUAGACUAUUUCCAGCUUUUUGCGUUGAUUUUUAUUCUUUUAUUGUUGAAUAUGUUUCAAGUGUCUUAAAUAAAUAAACGAAUCAA